CCGGCGUCGCGUGUGAUGUAGUCGGUGCGCGCCGGGGCCGGGAGGCGGCAACAUGGCGGAAGCGGCGCCGCAGCUGCCGUGUUUGGGGGAGCCGGAGCCGGAGCCGGAGCCAGAGCCGGAGCCAGAGCCAGAGCCGCAGCCGGAGCCGGCGCCUCAGCCGCAGUCGCAGCCGGAGCCGGCGCCUCAGCCGCAGCCGGCGCCGCAGCCGGAGCCGCAGCCGGAGCCGCUGGAGUUCCUGCGGGAGCGGCAUGUGCGGUUCUUCCAGCGCUGCCUCCAGAUCCUGCCCGAGCGCUACUCGUCCCUGGAGACCAGCAGGUUGACAAUUGCAUUUUUCGCGCUCUCUGGUCUGGAUAUGUUGGAUUCCUUAGAUGUGGUGAACAAAGAUGAUAUAAUAGAAUGGAUUUAUUCCCUGCAGGUCCUUCCCACAGAAGACAGUUCAAACUUGAAUCGCUGUGGCUUCAGAGGCUCUUCAUAUUUAGGGAUGCCAUUCAAUCCCUCUAAGGGUCCAGGUAUACCUCAUCCGUAUGAUAGUGGGCACAUAGCAAUGACUUAUACAGGUCUGUCAUCUCUGGUCAUUCUUGGAGAUGAUUUAAGUCGAGUAAAUAAAGAUGCCAUACUGGCAGGACUGAGAGCUCUCCAGCUGGAGGAUGGAAGUUUCUGUGCAGUGCUGGAAGGAAGUGAGAAUGAUAUGAGGUUUGUGUACUGUGCUUCCUGCAUCUGCUACAUACUCGAUAACUGGUCAGGCAUGGAUAUGAAAAAAGCGAUAAACUACAUUAGAAGAAGUAUGUCUUACGAUAAUGGCCUGGCACAGGGAGCUGGACUGGAAUCUCAUGGUGGCUCUACGUUUUGUGGUAUUGCAUCGCUGUGUUUGAUGGGUAAACUGGAGGAAGUUUUUUCAGAAAAAGAACUGAACAGGAUAAGAAGGUGGUGUAUAAUGAGACAACAGACUGGCUACCAGGGACGACCCAACAAACCUGUAGACACUUGCUAUUCGUUUUGGGUGGGAGCAACAUUGAAGCUCUUGAACAUAUUUCAAUACACGAAUUUUGAGAAAAACCGAAAUUACAUCCUGUCAACUCAAGAUCGCCUUGUUGGUGGAUUUGCCAAGUGGCCAGAUAGCCAUCCAGAUGCUUUACAUACAUACUUUGGGAUCUGUGGUUUGUCAUUAAUUGGAGAAUCUGGUAUUUGCAAAGUUCAUCCCGCCCUGAAUGUAAGCAUAAGAGCCUCAGAGCGCCUUCAUCACCUUCAUCAAAUCUGGAAAACAAGAAAUCUAAAGACGACAUACACCUCUCUACAUGACUGAUUUAGACUUGAAUUAGUUCCGGUAGCAUAAUUGUAGCCCAAGGUUAAAAGCCAUGUAUAACCAAUGUGCUCUUUUAAGUGCUGGAGUCAUACAAUCAGAUCUGUGUUGCUGGCAUCACUUCGAUAGGGAGUUGCCUUCAGCAGGUUAUUCUGCAUUGUGAAAAAAGGAAAUAUUUUGAUUAUAUAGAAUUUUGUCUCCGCAGACUGUAAAUGGCUCUUCAAAUGGCUUUACUUCUAAGAAAUCCCUUGAGGCGUUUAAACUUCAUUUCUUUGAAUUUGUGCAUACUGUGUCAAAAUAUAUAAUGGGGAAGUAUUUUCAAAAUCUGUUUACAUAUCAUACAGUAUAGCACAGAACCUUGUAGUUCUUUAUGAUCAUAAAGUUUGACAUAUUUUUGGGUAGAGAAUCUCCCAUAUUAAGUCUCUGUUAAAAACUAUCUUUUAUGGUCUACUUUCAGAUUCCAUAAACUUUGUUAAAAAAAUAAAUAAAAAAUAAAAUUAUUUUGUGCAAUAUA